GUUCAAGCAAACUAGGUACCUACGUGUACACUAGGUACAGCUCCACGCCUACUGGGGCCCAGAAGCUCCACUCGUCCUCUCAAUUUGUCGGCUCGAACCGUUUCCACACGCACAGCCCCCACCUACCACCACGUUAGACUGCUCUUAGCUGAGCUAUGGUUAUGGGAAUGCAGAAGCCAGAGGCAGUCUGCGCUGAGCCGAAGGUGUUCGUGGGCCAAGUGCCUCACGAGGUCACCCAGGACCAGAUUUUUGCUCUGUUCUCCAAGUAUGGCACCAUCAAGAAGUGCGCCCUGAUCACCGGUCCCGACGGCCGCAGCAAAGGCUGCGCUAUGGUGACCUACGACCGAUGGGCGGAGGCUGAGCUUGCCAUCGAGCACGAAAAUGGAACAGCCAACCUGGGCGGUGGCCGGACUCUGCUUGUCAAGUUUGCUGACCCUCCUCGCGGGCGUGGCGAUGGGCCGGUGAUGGGCGUGGCGCCCAAGAAGCUGUUUGUCGGCCAGAUCCCCCAGCACACCACGGAGCAGCACAUCCGCUCGCUGUUCGCGCCCUUCGGCAACAUCACGGACGUGCACGUACUCAACAAGGGCAACGCCCCUGGCUGCGCGUUUGUGACCUACGAGCGCUGGGCGCACGCCGAGGCGGCCAUGCUGUCGCUGAACGGCCAGACCCUGAUCGAGGGCGCCACCACGCCCAUGGUCGUCAAGUUUGCGGACGCCAAGGUGCAGGACAUGGGCGGCCAGAAGCGCGGCUUCGGCGCCGUUGAGGGCGCGCCGCCGGGCGUCUUCCCCGGCGCCGCCGCCGGCCCCGGCGGCAACAAGCGCACCUUCACGGGCGCGGGCGCGCCGGGCGCCAUGGGCAUGGCCGGCAUGGCGGCUGCGGGCUACAACCCUUACGCUGCGGCUGCGGCCAUGGGCUACGACAUGAGCACCAUGGCGGCCAUGGGCUACGGCAACAUGGGCAUGAUGGCGGGCAUGGCGGGCAUGCAGCAGGGCAUUCCUGGGCAAGGCGGCCAGCAGGGCAUGGGCGGCGGCGCCAUGGGCGGAGCAGGCGCCAUGGGCGGUGCGCAGGUCCUGGGCGCUGGCGGCAUGGGCGGCAUGGGUGGCAUGGGCGGCAUGGGCGGCGGCCUCAUGGCCGGCAUGAACAUGAUGGGCCUGGGCAUGGGCGGCGGCAUGGGCAUGAACAAGCCCGGGCUACAGGAGGGCCCCAAGGCCUGGAAGCUGUUCAUUGGCCAGGUGCCGUUCGAGGCCAACGAGACGGACCUGUGGCCCAUCUUCAGCCCGCUGGGCAACAUCCUGGAGCUGGUCAUCCUGCGCCACCAGGGCAAGUCCAAGGGCUGCGCCUUCCUCACCUACGAGAACCGCACCGACGCCGAGAAGGCGAUCCGCACCCUGGACAGCCAGGUGUCGGUGCCCUCCGACCCCCGCGGGCGACUGCUGACCGUCAAGUACGCCAACAGCGCCGCCGCCGCCGCCAUGUAAAUAGCUACAUUAUAGCUACACAGAUGAUAGCGCUGUGGCCUCCAGCUUGUGGAGUCGGCGUCGGCCGUCGUGCGCCGGCGGCUGAGGCGGUGGCGGGCCGGGGCCGCGGCGCUUGCCGCUGUCGCGGUCCGCUGGCUGCGCGGCCGUCUGGUUCGUUGAUUGCGGCGGCGCUGCUGGCAGCAGUGGCGCGCGCGCGCGGCUGGAGAGAGGAUGCAGGGGUGAGGCGGUAGCGUUUGCGCGGCUGUUUGUGCUCCUCGUGUGUGCUCGUUUGAGCGGAGCCUGUACUGGCGUCUGGCGCGGCCAUUGCCGCGCCGUGCCAGUGCGGGGCCGAUGUGCGCUGUGGUGGAGAGGCAGCAGCGAAUGAGCGGGGCCUGAUAUUACGGGUGUGGGAAGCGAAGGGCUAGGUAGGAGGCUUGGAGGGUUGGGAUGGCGAUUACGUGGGCGAGUAGAGUUCUUUCACGCGCUUGAUUGGUCAGGGAGGCCGGAACGCGAAAGAGGAACGUUGACAUCGACAGGGUCGCGUGUGCAGGACUGGAGGCGCAGCCGGGUGGGCGCGAGGCCUUAAAGGCCUGUGCGGGUCCCCACUGGCGGGUGCUUCGUCCCACGACCUUUCCUAAGGAUUUGGUUUCGGUUGGGCCUGGCCGUGAGUCGUAGGUUUGGAGGGAUUGCUUCAGGCUGGUCAUCAGACACGAUCUCACGGCGUGGGUCGCACUGGUUUGUGUGUGCCGCAGUGCAAGUGCAGGCGCGGGCGCCAAAGCGCCUCAUGGCGGCGGGCUCCCUUGCGCCACUCCGACCGCACCCUGCGAGGUGUGCGUUUGCUGCGGUUUUCUCGCCGGCUCGUGCUGUAUGUAGCGUGCGUGGUGCGCCAAGGCUGACCGCAGUUCCUUUGUGAGCAUGUGGUUUUUUCUCUGGUUCACAGCAACAAACGGCUUCAUACAGCGUUUCGAUACGGUGGUGUGAGCAGUGCCGCCGGUUGCGGGUGUCGAGAGUGGAAGGGUGGAAGGGGUUCACGUGCACGAGUGCGCCGUGGCGUGACCAAGACGUGGUGGCGGGGCAGAGCGGGCAUCAGUCAAUAGACAUAGAGCUCGCCUGGGAACCCGCCCCACUGCGGGGACGGCCAAGCCGUUCCGGUGUGUCAAUGUGCCUUGCUCCGCAUGGGUUGCGCGAGUGUGGUUUGUGCGCUGUUUGCAUGGGCGCACAACUGUGGCUCGAAGAAGGCAAGAUCUCGAUUCAAGUGCUCACGUGCUUAAGGACCUAAUGACAAGUUCAGCGCUCUUGCGCAACGGCAGGGCAGUUGCUGGGGUUGGUGGAGGGGGCAGGAAUGGCGUCAAGGCAACGCGGCGUGACACGCGGGUGUACGCUUGCGGUGCUGUAGCUGACACUUGCGUUGGAGCGUGGCCACGUGCACAUGCAUCGUCGUCGUCGUGCAACGCGUCAGUGCCACGUGCCAACCCACCAGUCCGGUCCCACGUCUUCGUUCCGUCCGCGUCCAGCAGUGUGAGCAAGCCAUACCAAGUGAGCAGCGCAGAGCAUAGGCGCAACGCAUGAGUUGAGCGAUGGGGCUACGGACAUCACUGGGGGGGGAUCGGAUGGGGUGCACUGGUGCAUGCCGGGUGGGUGCGUGGGUGGGGCACUGUAUGAUGUGGAAGAAUGAGUGCCACGAAAAGCGAUGGAAUGCAACGUGUGGCUAUCCGAACGACGGGCAUACCGAGGCCACUGAGUGGCAGAGGUGGUUGGUGGUCGAGGGCCGUGCAUGUACGUGCGAUGGCCUCAGCUGCCCACGGCCGCAACCGGCCGCACCAUUAAGAAGUACACUC